UCUUGCGCAUGCUCAUCUGUCCACAAGACCACCACCAGCAGCAUUAACAGCAAGUCAACAGCAGCACAGCGAAAACAUUGGACAGCAGUGAGGAGCAGCCCCCUUUUCUGUCAGCAAAGCUCCCCUCUUAUGCAGAAUGUCUGUCUUGCCCAUUUCGCCACAUCUUUCAAAUCAAUACAAUCAAGAAAAAUGAAACCUAAUGCAGCUCUCAACCAACAUUUUGGUCCUGCAAAACGCUGAAUAGCUGAAUACAAAACCCAAGAGGAAAGGAGCAUCAUUGAGUCUAUUACAAUGGACAACCUCAUAAACUUUAAUAUGUCAUCUGAGGCCACAACUCUAAACGUAGCAAAUGACAACCUUCAGGGCCAUUCAGACUUUUUGUCCCCAGAGCAUCCUUCUUCCAGAUUUCCUCAACAACCUUUAUUGCCCGAGCCCAUGGCGCCAACCAAGUCCAGCUCACAUCAUCAUGAUGAAGAUGAAGAGGAAAGCGAUGCAACAGAGUCAGCAGACAGUGAGAACGACAUGGACCCACCUUCAACUAUGUGGGAACUGCGGCGGUCUUCAUCCUCAUCUGUUCACAGUAGUGAGGACACUGAUGCUGAAACCUUGGAGAGAAGAGAGUUCAUGAAAACAUAUGUCGAGAAAGUGUUUCACGGAAGGCAGGACCUAGACCAAGAAGAGAAGGCUCAUUUUGGAGAAUUAUGCAUUGGCGAAAAUGGCAAAGGAAGGGAAUGGUUUGCCAAGUAUGUAAAUGCUCAGCGCUGCCACUCCAAAUGUGUGAGUGAAGCUACGUUCUACCGACUAGUGCAGUCAUUUGCGGUUGUGCUGUUUGAAUGCUACCAAAUGGAUGACUACAGCCCAGCCAAAAACCUCAUGACAAUGUGCUUUACGUACUACUACAUUGGAAAGUCCCAGCCUUCUCCUGCAGAGCUUCUUGAACGAGGUGGUGGUCUUCCUGCUGGUCCGGACUCAUAUUUUAUCAAGGCCAACUCUUGGCUCUCAGAUAAGAAAGAUGCCGCCGAGCGACUCCUUAAAAACUCAUCGAAGACUGAUGUCAAAGGCUUUUUUGGAGGCCUAGAAAGCAAAUUGAGAAACUCAGUCACUCUAAAAACCGAGGGUGCCGAAAAUCCAGUUGAGACAAAACCCAGAUCACCAGUAUCAGCGGUUCCAGAGGAAAAAGUGGGAGAAAAGGUGUACUUGUACACCCACUUGAAGCAGCAACCCAUCUGGCACACGUUGCGAUUUUGGAACGCUGCGUUCUUUGAUGCAGUUCAUUGUGAGAGAAAAAAGAGGUCGCCAACAACAAGGGGAACUCAAGAUGGAGAGAGAGAUAAGAGUGAGAAAUGGUGCCACAUGACCCAGGAGGAAAGGGACGACACUUCCAAAAUGGAUGAGAACAUUGCCUUUGGGCAGCUGGGGACAUUUACUCACAACAUGCUGGCAUUUGGACUCAGCAAAAAACUGUGCAAUGAUUUUCUGAAAAAGCAGGCUGUAAUUGGAAAUCUGAAUAAAGAACAGUACAAGCUGUUAAGUGACCAUAUCGAGAAAAUGGCAGCAGAGUGAUGACACGCUGAAUUUCAAAGUCUUCAGUCUUCAAAUGAGCCAUGCCUAACCAAUGUCACCUGAAACGUAAUACAGAUUACUGUAUUGAACUGUAUCAUGGUUGUAGAAAAGCCUGUCCGUCCAAUUUGAUUGUGCUCUUCUAAAUACACCCUGUAUUUGCAAUAAUACAACAUAAUCAGCUGUUCCUGCCGCUUGAAUGUGUAGAAAUGUGUAAAGUGUAGCAACUGUUUGUUUGAAAAGCCUAUCUUUCUGUGUUGCAACAAUACAGCUAAGCAUAGGUUUUGUAUACAGUGCAAUAAUCUCAAAUAACCCGUCUGCUACUACCAUUGACUGAUUUAUCUUUUCACCCUCAUGUUCCCUUACAGUGUACUGCGCAAUGUCAAAGAUUUCUUAGACAAAAAUAAGUAGCAUCUAAACAGAGGAAAUUUCGGUCACAAAACAAUUUAUCCGAUAAAAAAAUGCAAUUUUUAAGAUUCAAUUGUGUUAGGGAUAAAUUUCAAUGUAUUAAGUAAUUAUCUGUUACCAAGAGACUGCUAACCUAUUGUAUAGCAUAAAGGAUGCUCCGUUCUUUCAUCUAGUUAAACAUAUUGUGAGGGAGUGUAUGGAUUUUACAUAAUUUAGAUCUGACUGUUACAGCAAAUAAGUUUUGUUAUCAGUUACUAGAACAGUAAAACUGCCCAAUUAAUGUAGCUUAUUGUUAUGUUUAAGGUGUUUAGGGUGCUUUCACAGUAGCACUGUUUGAGUUCCUUUUCUCAGAUAGUCCACCUCGUUUUGUAAAUGUGAACGUGCAUCAGAAUUGUAGUUUGGACCAAACAAACAAACUCUGGUCCGCUCAAAAAUCAUGGGUCUCGGGCCCCUUCAAGCGCACCCUACUUCGCUUGUGAAUGCAACCGGAGCAGGGUGGGCUUUUGCUACUUUGCGUGCAGCAUCGCAGCCUGGAGCUAUGAUGCUCCAGGCUGUGACACGACACGCAGUGCAACCUUGGAAGCGGAAGUACAGUACGCAUGCUAUCCAAAAUCAACAAUGGCAAGAGUACAGAAGAUUAAACAUGGCCAAAUGUUGUUGUGCUGCACUAAGCAGUUGCAUUUGAUACAUAUUAUUCUGGAGGUUGUGUUUGGCAUACUGUUCCUGACAGUGACAAUGGAGAGACAGGCUGAACCUCUCGGGGCAUCCAUUUCAUGAGUCUCGCUCUCCUGGAAGUGGCAACAAUUUGACAGUUGAAAAAGUCAAAAUUGAGAGCGAUUCUGCGACUUUGGGUACCACAGGAUUCCCUUCUGUGGUUUAAUUACAUUUGAUACACAGAAUGUUCUAAUGUUGUGGUUGUGUUUUGCAUGCUGUUCCUGUGUGAGAGUGACAGUGGCCGAGACUGGUGGAGCCUCUCGGAGCAGCCGUUUCGUGAAUCUAGCUCUCCUGGAAGUGGCAACAAUUUGACAGUCCAAAAAGGCAUGCAAAUGAGAGCGAUUGCACGCCUGUGUGACUUGGGGUACCACCCGGUUCCCUUUCAUUGUUUAAUUUUUCCCCUUGCAGUUUUUUAUUUACUCCAGUUCGCUCUGCAUCGAGUCGGGAGGGAGCAACUUAAUUUAUCCUACAUUAUGCAGCGCUCCACGCUCCCUUCCAUCCCAGGAGGAAAGUAUUUCCUCUUCUAUUUGUCCAAUCAAUGAGUGCGCCUUUCGUCCACGUGAUGCUACCCGGAAAGCAGUGUGAAUGCUAAACCUUUUCAACAGGUCAUUUGCAAGUGCUGUUGCGAGGUAGCUCUCCAGCCGGACCCUUGUCCUCUUGGUCUAAUGUGAAAGCGCCUUUACACUCGGUCAUCAUCCAGAACUUUUACCAAAUAGUUCAUACUAUGACCAAAUGACUAUAGUAUGAGAGAGGCUACUGGUCUCAGACUGCCUUGAAUUUUCUACAUUCAAUAUUCAAACUCUCAUUCAUGACUGAAUUCUCUUAUGAUUAUAUUAUUUAAAAACUUAAAUCUAUCACCAAAAUAUCUUCUUGGAAAGUUUCCUUGAAUUCAAUCUGCUCUCUAAUUGAGUGUUUUUUGUUGUUUAAUUUAUGCCUUUAUAUGGACAGACAAAGUGUUGAUUUAGGAAGAUCGAUGGAUUAACAUUGUGUCGUCCUCUAGUAGUGUAAGACUACUGUAGCGUUAGUUUACAGUGGAGGCACAGUAUGUGCUUUGGAAUACUCCUUACGAUGCAUUUAAAUGGGCGAAUUGAUAUGUCAAACUUAAUCAGGACUCAGUCCUUGGGCAGAUGGUGGACAUUAUGAAGUUCUACACUCAAUCUAGAUAUGUACAUCGAUGAACAAUAAAUGUACUGGCCGUCAUCCCUGAAGUGCAUUAAUGUGUAUAAACCUGAAGUUGAACAUGAAACAACCCACUUCUAUUGUACGUGCCGAUUUUCAAAUUUUUGUGUACUAAUGAGUACAUUUUCAUUGCACAUGCCAUACAGAAUACCCUUGAGUUUUUUUGCCCGAUUGCACUCUUUUAUAAGUCUAUGUAUAUUUUCAAUUAAGUCCAUUAGUUUGCCACUUUAAAACUGGAAUAGUGAUUGGGAUACCGGUUAUUUUACAGUAUGUGUGUGUGGUCUUUCUGGUGUGAUAUUGACCUCACUAUGUGGCAGCUUUAAUGUGCGUUGUUUUGUUUUGUUUUUGAGCACCUGUUUUGCCGUGUGUCACAGUAUGUAUUAUUAUGUUAUUUGAAGCAUUUAUCUAAAUACUGCAGUCUUUAUUUGUGCCGUACAUGAUGAUUUACAUUUGACACUUACGGCGGAGUAUUAGGGCCAAAGAUGGAAAGAAAGACUAAAAUAGGACUGCGAGAUUAACGUAGUGGCAUUAGUACAAGAAUGAAGUUGUAUAAAUACAUGGCUUAAUAUAUAUGGAUAUAGUAUUGCUAAUGUAGCUAAUUUAGCUGCUAUGUGCUUUAUGUAGCAAUUUACAGCCCCCAUUAAAAUCAAAAAUAUUGAGAGGAUCUCUUGUACAAUCAGUUUAAAAAAAUAAGGAGUACUUAGUCUUUUGGCUUAUCUACAUCUAGUAGCUCCUGGCUAAAAUAUAGAUAUGGAUAAUAGAAAACCUAUGUAAUUUAUGUACACUGCUGGCCAAAAGUACUGGCACCUCUGCAAUUCUGUCAGAUAAUACUCAAUUUCUCCUCUCCAACUUCUAUCUUCAUUUGUUUUGCUUGCAAUGAAAAAAUACAAAAGAGAAUGGGAAAAAAACAUAUCAUUUUCAUUUUACAUAAAACUCCAAAAAUGGGCCAGACAAAAGUAUUGGCACCCUUUGAAAAUGUGAUGCUUCUCUAAUUUGUGUAAGUAACACCAUCUGUUAUUUACCUGUGGCACAUGACAGGUGGUGGCAAAAUUGUGAGGAAGCAUGGGCAAUCUCAAGUCCAUCUCCAAAGACCUGAAUGUUCCUGUGUCUACCGUGCGCAGUGUCAUCAAUAAGUGAAAAGCCCAUGGCACUGUGGCUAACUUCCCUAGAUGUGGACAGAAAAAUUGAAGAGAGAUUUCAACGAAAGAUUGUGCGGAUGGUGGAUAAAUAACCUUGACUAACAUCCAAACACGUUCAAACUGUCUGCAGUCCAAGGGUACAACAGUGUCAACCCGUUCUAUCCGUCGGCGUCUGAAUGAAAAGGGACUCUAUGGUAGGAUACCCAGGAAGACCCCACUUAUGACCCAGAGACUUAAAAAAGCCAGGCUGGAGUUUGCCAAAACUUACCAGAGAAAGCCAAAAACGUUUUGGAAGAAUGUUCUCUGGUCAGAUGAGACAAAAGUAGAGCUUUUUGGGAAAAGGCAUCAACAUAGAGUUUACAGGGGGAAAACGAGGCCUUCGAAGAAAAAAACACGGUCCCCACAGUCAAAAAUGGCAGAGGUUCCCUGAUGUUUUGGGGUUCCUUUGCUGCCUCUGGCACCGGACUGCGUGACCGUGUGUGCAUGUCAUUAUGAAGUCUGAAGACUACAAACAAAUUUUGCAGUAUAAUGUUGGGCCCAGUGUGAGACACCUGGGUCUCCCUCAGAGGUCAUGGGUCUUCCAGAAUAACAAUUACCCAAAACACACUUCAAAAAGUACUAGAAAAUGAUUUGAGAGAAAGCACUGGAGACUUCUAAAGUGACCAGCAAUAAGUCUAGACCUGAAUCCCAUAGAACACCUGUGGACAGAUCUGAAAAUGGCGCCCUUCAAAUCUCAGAGAGCUGGAGCAGUUGGCCAAAGAAGAAGGGUCUAAAAUUCUAGCAGAGCAUUGUAAGAAACUCAUUGAUGGAUACUGGAAGCAGUUGUUCGCAGUUAUUUUGUCUAAAGGUAUUAGGCUGAGGGUGCCGAUACUUUUGUCCGGCCCUUUUUUGGAGUUUUGUGUAAAAUGAUAAUGAUAGAAAUGGUUUUUUCAUUCAUUCUCUUUUGUGUUUUUUCAUGCCAAUCAAAAUAAAAGAAGAUAUUACUGCCAAAGCAUUUGUAAUUGCAAUCAUUUUCUGGGAGAAAUUGAGCAUUAACUGACAGAAUUGCAGGGGUGCCAAUACUUUCGGCUAGCAACGUACUAUUGAAUGGGAAAGAUAUUGUGCAUCUCGUGAAUCUAUAUUUUAGAAUCUGUUUCAUAAAUAAGGAAAUCCUUUAUCUUUUGGUGCAUCAGCAUCAAUUAAUCUCCGACAUAGUAUUCGAGCCAAAGAUCAGGAAAAAAUCGGACUAUGAGAAUAAAGUAUUAUUAGGAUGAGGGAAAAAAUUGUACAUUAGUAUGUAAAGAAAUUCGUAGUUUUAAUAAGAAUUUAAAGUCAUUAUUUGUGUGGAUGCAGUGCAGCUAAUUUAGCUAAAUUAGCUGCUAUAUACGUAAAUUAGCUUACCUUAGCAGGACGUUAGGAAGUAGUAUUGGUAUAAAGCCUUCGAUUGAUUAUAAAUUGACGUAGUUGAGCCAAAAGAUUCCUUAUGUGUGAAGCCGAUUGUAAAACGCAGCCUCUCGAGAUGCUCUCAAUAUUGUUGAUCCCAACGGAGGCAGCGAAGCGCUACAGAAAGUACUUUUAUCCAUAAAUAUUACAUAAUGUAAUAUUGCAACUUUAUUCUCAUACUAAUAGUGCAACUUUAUUCUUGUACUAAUAGUAUGACUUAAUUCUCGUAGCCCUAUGUGUAUAUAUAUAUAUAUAUUUUUUUUUUUUUAACCCUAAUACUCUGUCGUAGAUACCUGCUUCAGAGGCCAAUUACUGUAGUUCCUCCUUUAAUACAUUUUUUUGUACUUGUAACAGUGCACCUACAGUAUAUAAAUUUUGUGUAUUGCAAAAAAAGUAAGCAAAGUUAGUUCAGGGCUGUUUAGAAUGUGGUGCCUCUGUUUAAAGCACUGUAUAAUGUUUGGAGAUCGGAAAUAUAUUAAGAUAUGAUAUUUAUCUCAUAACAAUUCAUGAGCAUGGCACUCAAGGCGAAGAAAACAAAGUUUAUAUUUCAACUGACUGACUGCAGCAGCUCCUUAGUUAUCAGAUUUUUUUUUCAUAUGUGCAUAUUGUUUUUAAAUGCAUGACAAAGUCCAUGUUGAAUCAAGAUGCUGUAAUAAAUGUAUUUUUGUGGUGAGGUUUUGUGUGUUGUUUUAAGUUAUUAAAAAUAUAUAAUAAAAACUUCUGUGCGACCAACAUAAAUAUGAAUGCAUGUC